AUGCUGCUGCUGCGGGAUGGAGAGAGCGGGGCGGGAUUCGGAGCCCGAGGGCUGGGUGCAGAGCGCGAGCGGCACGGGUACAACAUCUGUGUCCGCAGCCCAGCCGUCAGCCACAAAAAUGGGCCGUGGAUUCCCAUUCUCCUUUUGCCAGGAUUAGGUGGUUAUCCCCAGGGUGCAAAACAAAAGCCAGGGUACUUCCAUGCUGCGCUGCCCCUGGGAGGUUUUGGGGCAGGACCCAGAGCUGGCAGCUACCCCACAGCUCAACAAGGCUAUCCUGGAGUAGGCGGUGGGUACCUAGUCAACGGAGCACAGCCCGGCUAUGGGAAUGGCUACGGUGCAGGAGGGAACAAUCACCCUGGGGCCGGAGUCCAGUCAGGAUACGGCAACGGUGCCCAGGCCGCAUACUUAGGGCAUUUCGCUGGCCCUGGCACAGAUCUCUCGGCUGCUAAAUUUGGCCUGGGCCAGCUCCCAUACAAUGGGCAGCCCCAACAGGCCAUGCCCACUGGUCUAGGGGGAGACUACAGCGCUGGGAAAUACGGUGGCACGGGGCAGCUGAUGUAUGGGGCACAACUGGCUGGGCCCAGUGCCCUGGAUGGCAACGGGAACGGACCAGGAUAUGCGAACGGAGGGGACCUGCAGGCUAAUGGACGGGCUGCUGGGGGAUACGGGCCACUCACAGCAGGGCAAGCUCCCGGGGGUUAUGGACUAACCCCAACAGCAUACGGAGGCAAGGAGGCCAAGUAUGGCCUGAACGGCUUUCUGGGGAAUGGAUACAGAGGUCGCUGUCCUUCCGGGAAGUGCUGAAUGCCGGACCUUCACCUGGGGAACUCCACACCACAGGAUGGCAUGAGUCGGCCACUUCUGGUGCUAAAAAAACCAAGAAUUUCUCCUGAUAUAAAUUAUCAUCUUUCUCUUUAUUUUUAAUGGCUAGAGAUCUGUCUUUUUAAAGGAAAAACAAAUGGUGACUGUCAAUUUAACUUGUUUUUGGAAAGUGAGGCUGCAACAUUUUUGGUGACCCCUGACUAGGGUGACCAGAUAGCAAGUUUGAAAAAUCGGGACAGGGGUGAGGGGUAAUUGGCACCUAUAUAAGAAAAAGCCCCAAAUAUCCGGACUGUCCCUAUAAAAUCGGGACAUCUGGUCACCCUACCCAACCUCCCUGCCUCUUUGGUCUUGGCCAGUGAGGUGAGAAGGAUUUUAAGGGUAGGUCAGUCCAGGAAUAUGGGAUGCAUGGAGGGGGGUGACUCAGUUGUUAACUCCUCUUCACUGGAUAGGCAGCGAAUAUUUGUUUGUAGCCGGAGGGUGGGGUGUGGGAGUGUUUGUAAUAAA